GCGGCGGGGGGGGGGCUAAGGGACCGAUUCCGGGAGAAGCUGCAGGGGGCUCAGGUCCAGCUGUGCCCGGCAGACCCACGUGCUGUGCUGAUGGGUGAGAGCUGGAGGAAAACCACGGAGGAGAUCGGCACCGUCUAUGACAUCAAGGAGAAACUUGGGGCGGGGGCCUUCUCGGAGGUGUUCCUGGCCCAGGAUCGGGGCUCCCAGCGGCUGGUGGCUCUGAAGUGUAUCCCCAAGAAGGCGCUGCGGGGCAAGGAGGUGGCUGUGGAGAAUGAAAUCGCCGUGCUCAGGAAGGUCCAUCAUGAGAACAUUGUGGCUCUGGAGAACAUCCAUGAAACUCCCACGCACCUGUACCUGGCCAUGCAGCUGGUGACGGGGGGGGAGCUGUUUGACCGGAUCGUCGAGCGGGGGCACUACACGGAGCGGGACGCCAGCCGCCUCGUCCGGCAGGUGCUAGAGGCCGUGAGCUACCUGCACCAGCUGGGGAUCGUGCACCGCGACCUCAAGCCCGAGAACCUGCUCUACGCCAGCCCCUGCGAGGACGCCAAGAUCAUGAUCACGGAUUUCGGGCUCUCCAAGGUGGAGUCGGACGGGGUGAUGGCCACAGCCUGCGGGACCCCCGGCUACGUGGCCCCCGAGCUCCUGGAGCAGAAGCCGUACGGGAAAGCCGUGGAUUCCUGGGCACUGGGCGUCAUCUCCUACAUCCUGCUGUGUGGUUACCCCCCCUUCUACGAUGACAACGACUCCGAACUCUUCGCCCAGAUCCUCAAAGGGGAGUUCGAGUUCGACUCACCCUAUUGGGACGACAUCUCGGAUUCGGCCAAGGAUUUCAUCCAGCAGCUGCUGCAGCGGGACCCCGAGAAGCGCUACACGUGCGACCAGGCCCUGCAGCACCCGUGGAUCGCGGGGGACACGGCCCUGGACAAAAACAUUCACGGCUCCGUCAGCGAACAGAUCCAGAAAAACUUCGCCAGGACUCAGUGGAAGCGAGCUUUCAACGCCACGUCCUUCCUGCGCCACAUCACCAAGCUGGGGCAGGGCCCCGAGGCCGACGAGCCGGAGGAGGAGGCACCCGGGGGGCAGAGCGGGGGCUGGUGACCCCAGAGGUGCUGGCGUCUGCAUGAGCCGCCCAACUGCAUGAAGGACCAAACCCCAGACCCAGCCGCCACCUCUGGGGCUGCGGCAUCCUGGGACCACAUGCCCCCCCCGCCUCUCCCAACUCACCCCCUGCCCCCCCGCCCCGCGACCGGAGCGAGCUGAGGC